UAAAUUUAAUAGAGAGUAUAGGUCGCCAUUUUUGGCUAACACAGGCAGCUGAACAUGGUGCAUCUGACGAAACUCUUACGCCAUGGCGGUCCUACGCCGUAUUAUCCCAAUCCCAGACUAAUGGUUGGGACUGGAAAAGAAGUGUUAAACAAGGAGAGCCAUUACUACCCUCUCCUGCCUGUCCACGCAGUUACUAUCGGAGGCUGCAUUAUUUGUGCAUUAUAUAUGGGCAGAUCUCUAAUCUUCGGUUCAGAUGUCAAUUUCAAUAAGGAAGGAAAAGCCUUUCCAUGGAUGCAGAGGUCCGACCAACACCAGUACAAAUUUUUCUCCUUCAAUAUGAAAUACAAAGAUAUUGAAGAUCAGCCAACUGAUAAGGGAUUAAAACUGUACAGGGAGAAAGCAAAGGUGGCUUUGACCUCCAAGGACUACUACAACCUGUCCCAUGGAAUCAAAGAGGAAAAGGAGAACGAGGAGGAGGAAUAAAUAGCACUAUCUAGUGACAUAUAAUAUAUCAUGUGGAUGUAGAUCAGAAAUGUUUCAGGAACCAUCGAAUAGUAACAAGGUUUAGAAAGCCCCACAUGAGACAAAAGGACCGAAAUGUGAUAAGCGGGAGAAUGUGUCUAAAGUGUGUUGUAGUGUACCGUGUUGUUAAUGGGGUCGAUUCCAUCAAGCCUCAUCACAAGACCUUCACUUUAAAUAAAAUUUGUUGUUUCA